AUGCUAGAACAAUUUACAGAUAAAACACAGCUUCAUAAUAAGACAAAUAAAUAUCAAAAACAUAUAGCAUAUAGUGCUGGUUACUAUGUGAAAUGUAGCUACAACGAAGACUUGAGUUUUUUCAAGAGCUACAGAGGUAGAGAUUGCAUGGAUUGGUUUGCAAAUGAAUUAUCGAAUUUAGCUGAAAGUAUUAAAUCAGAAAUUAAAACUAUUACACCUAUGGAAGAAAAACCAGAUUUACGUGUGACAACAAUGUGUCACAUAUGUGAAAAGGGUUUUUCCUCUACAGAUAUCAUUGUUAGAGAUCACGAUCAUUUUACGGGGAAGUUUAGAAAUUUUGCACAUCAAGCAUGCAAUUUAAAUUUCAAAAAACUGUUUGUUGUACCUACAGUUUUCCAUAACUCAAGUAACUACGAUAGCCAUUUCAUCAUUUCGGAAUUAACCAAAAAAGGGGUUUUCUGUUACGAUUUUAUAGAUAGUUGGGAAAAAUUAAAUACUUGUGAACUACCAACAAUAGAGGCAUUUUAUAAUAAAUUGGAGGAUAAAAACAUCAGUAUUGAGAAGUAUUCUCAUGCUCAUGCAGUGUGGAAAUCAUUUGAUAUUGAAAAUUUGGGUCAGUAUUCUGAUCUGUACUUAAAGACCGAUGUUUUACUUUUAUCAGAUGUUUUCAAACAAUUUCGAAGAAAAUGUUCAAUUACUUAUGGUUUAGACCCUGCAUGGUACUAUACAAUGCCUGGAUAUACUUGGGACUGUAUGUUGAAAUAUGUAGGAUGUAAAUUAGAGUUAUUGCAUGACGUAGACAUGAUCAUGUUUAUCGAGAAAGCAAUUCGAGGAGGAAUUUCGGUUUGUAGCAGUAGAUUAUCGAAUGCUAACAAUAAGUACAUGCCUGAAUAUGAUUCUACAAAACCCUCAAAGUACUUACUCUACCUGGACGUCAAUAAUUUAUACGGGUGGGCUAUGUGUAAACCAUUACCAUACGGAGGAUUUGAAUGGUUAGAUAAUGAAAAUUUUGAUGUUAUGUCUGUGGCAGAUAAUUCUUCCGUAGGAUAUAUAUUACAAGUAGACUUGGAGUAUCCACAUGAAUUACAUGAUCUUCACAGAGAUUUUCCAUUUGCUCCCGAACACCGCAAGCCUGUAGGCUCAAAUUAUUCCAAAUUAAUGACAACGCUUUAUUGUAAAAAAGAAUACACAGUUCACUAUCGUAAUUUAAAACAAAUGUUAGCCAACGGUUUGAAAAUUAAAAAGAUACAUAAAAUUCUGAAAUUCAAUCAAUCUGCAUGGCUGCGGCCCUAUAUCGAACUAAAUACUCGUUUGAGAGCUGCAGCUACCAAUGACUUUGAGAAAAAUUUAUAUAAAUUGGCAAAUAAUGCUGUGUUUGGAAAGACGAUGGAAAAUAUACGGAAGCACCGAAUUGUAAAACUUGUUAAAACCUGGAAUGGUCGAUACGGCGCCAAAAAUUUGAUAUCUAGUGUUAGGUUUCAUAGUCGAACAGUUUUUAAUGAAAACCUAAUUGCAGUAGAACUCACUAAAUCAGAAUUGGUUUUCAAUAAGCCUCUUUAUGUUGGUAUGACAGUUUUGGAUUUGUCGAAGCUGUGUAUGUAUCAAUUCCAUUAUGAUUACAUGAUUCCGAAAUUGGGUAUUGAUAGAUGUAAAUUAAUGUACAUGGACACAGACAGUUUUGUGUAUGAGCUCAUCUGUGAUGAUGCAUAUGAGGAGGUGCUAAAAGCUGAUUUAACAAAAUUCGAUACUUCAGAUUACCCCAUCAAUAAUAACUAUAAUAUUCCACAGGCUUGA